GAAUGUAGCGAGCUAUGCACAACUGAUUCGGGCAGAAGAGAUGAAGAUAAGUUGAUGUGCGUCUCAUUGACUCCGCUCAGUGCAAUAAGGGAGAAGGAUCUUCCUUCUCCUUUUGGUCAUCGGAUCUUGACCCAAGUCACCGUUUUCGGAUUGUUGUUGCUGCUACUGUGCGGCGUGCACUCGGCGAGCGGAGGAACCAUGCGCUGUUGUUCCCUUGCCAAUGGAUCUUGUAAAUCAGCUUGUGAAAAGAUUUCUUUGGUGUCACUGGCAACUGAUGAGAAUGAGAUGGAAGCUAGCCUCCAGAAGCUGAAUGACUUGUGCCACAAGAAAUUUAUGCUCUCCUUCUGGGACUGCGUCAACGAAACAUUGGAGGAAAUCAGUAAAGGUAAAGACUGGAUUGGGAGACCCUGCUGCAGAAUUCCACAGUCUGAAAAAUGCAAGAUGGCAUGUUUGCGAGCAGAAUCAGUACUUGGUCUCACUUCUUUCUGUCGCAAAAGUGAUGAAAUAGCAUUUUAUACUUGUAUUGAAAGGCAAGAAGCGGGCGAAAGAUGUUGCAGGAAUGCUCAAACUAAUAACUGUCGUGAGGCGUGUAAGGAGGUGUUUGUUGAGUCGUUUACUCCACCAAAAGCAGUCAGAGAAGCUGUUCAUACAUACUGUUCAGAAGACAGCCCUCGCAUUCAGCAAUGUGUUCGUAUAUAUGUCCAUGUCACGCCUAUGGAACAUUCUUUCAGAAAUAUGCACUGCUGUGAUCGAUCUCCUAACAUUCAGUGUCGUACUGCAUGCAAAGAAAUUCUGAGAACCGAAACGACGGGCCAGGAAGUUAUUGAUGGGCUUAGCAGAGUCGGUUGCGGACCCCCACUUCCUCAUGACAGGCUAUGGCAGUGCUUCCUACUUAAUGCUGCUGCAAAUGAGCCUGGAGGCUCUCUCACUCAGUCUGAGAAAAUCGAAAUGGACGGUGCAAAGUUACAGUGUUGUUUUCGAGCUGCUACAGUUAACUGCCAAAGACUCUGUAUCGAAACCUUUAGCAACCAGUGGUCAGGUGGUAGUUGGAAUGACUUUGAUCGUUUAUGCCAGUAUCAACUUGCUGAAUCAGAAAUGAUACGAUGUUUAACAGAAGUUGACGAACCUUGCGAACUCGGAUGUGAAGGUUUAUCGUACUGUACAAAUUUCAACUCCCGUCCUACUGAACUGUUCCGUAGCUGCAACAAAGGAGCAGAUGAAGCAGCUGAGCAAAAUUUCUUGUCGUGGGAAGAAGGAGUGAUUCAACUUCCAAUGAUGCAUAUUCCCGUUUUAAAGAUAUCAGAGUGUCAUCCAGAAAUCUGGAAAGCUAUUGCUUGUACUCUGCAGAUCAAACCAUGUGAUCCUAAAGCUCUUGUGAAUAGGAUUUGCAAAGCUGAUUGUAUAGACAUUCUUGAUAAAUGUGUUAAUCGUACGAGACUACUAAGUCACCAAAGUCCAGUAACACUUUGUGAAAUCCUCUCUCCACCUGGAAAUGAUACUCCUUGCAUAUCAUUGGCUCCUUACAUGGGGGAAAGCAAACUCGCGGGAACAUCACUAGAAGUCAGUCAUCCUUGCAAGCCAAACAGAUGUGAUAAUAAUUAUAUAUGCAUGGUUGAUAGGAACUGCCUUAUUGGACAUCCAUGUCGCCCAUAUAUAUGCGUUCCAGGAUGCAGGCUGGGCGAUAUGUCACAGCUGUUGGUACCACGGAAUACUCACGUUCGUAUUCCAAGCAACACGCACGGUCCUCGUUGUCAUAUGGUUUGUUACUGCAAUAAUGAAAAUGUUUUAGAAGACUGUAUGACGCAACCGUGUUUAAGUACUGAUCAUUGCUGGCACGAUGGAAAAAGAUACAAUCAUAAUACGUUGUUCACAUCCGGUUGCAAAACAUGUUUCUGCUAUGAUGGAGAGGUUACUUGCUCGCCAAAGCAAUGUGGAUCAGGUUUACCAUGCAAUUGCCAGGACCACUAUGUACCAGUUUGUGGAGCAAAUGGGAAAACUUAUCCCAGUGCUUGCCUAGCAAGAUGUGUGGGACUCACAGAUGAUCAAUUUGAAUUUGGUGCGUGUUACGAGUCCGAUCCGUGUAGUCCUAAUUCGUGUCAUCCAUAUCACAGGUGUGUUCCGAAGAAAAGAGUUUGCAUAAGUAUCAGACAUAGGAGUUGCAAGCAAUACGAUUGUGUUAAUAUGCAGCACAACUGCAAUCAACAACCAAAGAGUCCAGUAUGUGAUACAGACAACGUAGAGCACCCAAACAUUUGUUGGAUGUUGCAAAGGAGAAAAUCACUCGGUUAUUAUGGAAAAUGCAUGCCUCACUGCAGAGGUAGUGGUUUAGUUUGCGGCCACAACGGAGAGACUUAUGCCAGCGAAUGUGCUGCAUGGGCUGAAAGAGUAUCUGUAGAUUAUAUGGGAGCUUGUGCUGCUGUCGGAUCCAAAUAUGGAAAAGAUUCUAGGUGUGGUGGAAUCAAAUGUGCUCCUCUUCCAUCUGAACAUUGUACCAAAGUUUUUCCUCCUGGAGGCUGCUGUCCAAUCUGCGGUGCGGCACUUCGAUUACUGUACAGUCAAAAAUUGUCAGACUGGUCCGUGGAAGCCAUUCGAGAUGUAGAUCCCGUAGUUAUUCAGACAAUAGCGGAGAAAUUACGGGAACACGUGAAGGUGACCGAGUGUGAAGUGUUUGCAUACUUGAGUCUGGAAUCUGAUAUUAUUGUACUAGUCAUAGCUAUAACAGACAGUCCCACAAAGCUUCAGGUUGAAGCCUGUGUCCGAGAAGCAGAAAAACUCCAAGCUUUAAUUCAGCAGCAUAGUCCUACGUUGCUCUCUGAACUUCCUUUGUCUCCUUUCACAACUGCUACUAUGAUUGAUCAUGUGUCUGAUGGCACUGUUUGUUUAUCUUUGAAUGUAUGCAUUCUCUUCCUUCUUUUAGCCUUGAGUUUAAUGUUUGGGAGAACAGUGUAAAAUUUCCGACUAAAUUUGUAAAUAUGUAAAUAAGUGAUAAGAGUGUAAAUAAUAUAUUUAGAAACUUCCGCUUCUAUGAAUUUAUAGUUUCUUAUACAUAGUCAUGUGCUGCAUUGCGAUAUAAAUUAUAUUGAACGAUUGUCUGCGUAGUGUUUUAUAGGAAAAAGUGCAAUGCGUGUUUAUAUGACGUUUUUCAAUGGUAAGCAAUGUACAAUGUACAGAUAAAUAUGAUGCAAUUAAAUGCAUUUUUUUAAUAAUUAGAACAGAAAUAUUUGUAACUGAAUCACUUCUGAUAAAUAAGAAUGAAUAACGUAUUUUCAAAGAUGUUCAAAAUGGUAUAUUAUUUCUAGAACUUGCUGUUCAGAAGAUAAAUAUAUGUAUAUAUAGUAUAUAUACAAGGUGUGACACCAAAAAAAAAAAACUGGUCCAAUAAAUCAUUGUACUUAAAGAAUCAGUUCUCCGUGCCAUUAUCACCUUCAAAGUAGUCCCCUUCAGUAUUCACACACUUUCGGUGCUGCCAUUGCUGGUAACAGUUCUGGAACGAGAUUUUUGGAAGGUCCUUCAGGAGAUUCUCCGUUUUUGUCUGAACCUCUUCAACAGUCGUAAAAUUGGUUCCCUUUAAGCAAGAUUUAAUUUUAGGAAAUAAAAAAAAGUCGCAUGGAGCCAAAUCAUGUGAAUAAGGAGGAUGCUCCAUCACUAAUGUUUUUGCUGGUCAGAAACUGCUCGACACAGAUAAGGCCGUGUGAGAGGGCACAUUAUCCUGGUGCAACAGCCAUUCAUCACUCCCCAAUUGUGGUCUUUUUUUUUCCUAAUUUUUUCACGAAGUCUUUUUAGUAUUGUGUUGAUUAACGGUCUAACCACUGAGAACUCACUCAUUCAUGACGAACGUGCUGAGGGCCCCCAGAGAGUUAAUCAUCUUCCACACUGUCUUUCCGUCUAAAAAACCGCUUAUGCCGUCCAAACACACGUGCACGAGACAAAGUUUCAUCUCCAUAAGCCUCGGGUAACAUUUGAAAUGUUUCCUCCGUGGCUGAUUUCUUAAGUUUCACAAGAAACUUGAUUCAGAAGUCAAACAACAAAAUUCAGCGCCUGGGAAUGCAGUUGCACAUGUUCACUCAAUGAAGCAGUGCUCCCAACUGGCGUGAUCAGUUACGUCGAAACUGGCCUCAUGGAUAGAGGAGGCAAAGAAUCUCUAAGAGAGAUCUUAGAGAUUCUUUGGAGGAGGUGUGUGGCAUGAUGUUACCAAAACAUUUGUUGUCAACUCCACUCUUUUUGAGCUACACACUUAGUCUAGCUUUUUUUUUUUUCCCCUGUCUCACCUUGUAUAUCAGUAUAUGUAAAAUACUGUGUAUUUCUGGCAGCUGUAUCUCACCUAUUAGAAAUUUUUGGAUUAAUAAUAUUUAUACUAGUGUUCAGUCGAUUAACAUAAUAUUAAUAUAUGCAGAUCAGACGAUGUUUAUUUAUUUAUUUAUUUACUUUUCAACAGAAAAAAACAACUAGUUCUUCAACUGAAGAAUUUUAGACGUUAUAAAAUUGGGUAUAGAAUUAACUCCCGAUUAACGGAGUACGACGUCAACAGCCAACUCAAAAUCGCGGUGAAUGUGAAAAUAACUAAGAAUAUACAAGAAAGAGGAAUAACCCAUAUUAUAAUUAACAGAAAAUUCCAAUAUUAACAAUUUACUUAUAUUUAAUAUGGAUAAUAAGUUCAUUUAAAUCAAAUCAGAAUUAGAAGUUCUCUUCCUUUCUCUGUAUCUCUUCACUUCACGGUUGCAUGUACUUUUUUUUUUUAAUUGCUCUUGUAUUAAGAUAAAAAUCAAUGUAAAACAUAAAUUAAUAGCGGUGCACUUCAUUUGUUAUUAAGACUGAACAACUUGUCUUUAACGGAUGAUUAAAUAAUUUUUAUAUAUUGAGUAUUUUGUACAAUUACGCUCCAUACUGCUAUGAAUAAAAACAACUCCUAAAAGGUACUACAGCAGCAAUUCUCAUUCUUUUUUUCCCCCUUCAUACACCCCUUUCACCAUUGUUACCCCUUUAAUUUCCCAAACUCUAAAAAUACAUAUACAUUUAUUUCGAUUUACUUUAAUUUUUAUCAUAUUUUUAUAAAUUAAACAACAAAAAGGUGUAGAAAAUUUUGACAAAUGUCAAAACUUGAAUAAAAGCAGUUUUUAUAUUCAUAACCUAAAACUAUAUAAUUAAUGUAAAAAAAUGCUGACUGCGUUCCUUCCCUGAAACUAUGGAAUACCCCCCCCCCUGGUGCAGAAUCCUUGUGCUGUAGCAUCAUCUGCUAUCCCAGCCGUUAGCCCACAUACUGUUCUUUUCCUUUUUAUAUUUUCUACGGAGCUUUUUGUAUUAAAACGUUGGUUUGUAGUCUGCAAUUUUUAAAAAAAAAAAAAAACUUAAAAUUUUAUUAGAGAUGGAGAUGUUCAGUGUUUUUAGCCCCAUAAUAUUACUGGUAUAAAUUUUAAUGUUACAAAAACAGAAUUAAUGGAUACUCAGUUUUUGUUGUCAUAAUUUUGUCCUUUUCACGGAUUGGUUUUCGGUCAUUCUAAUAUUAAAUAACGCAACGCAUUACUUUUAGCUAAAUCAUUCAAGUGGAACUCGUGUAAUUUGCAAAAAUGUGUUAUAAAAUUCAUACUGAUGAUUUUCUGUGCAUUGUUAACGGUGACUUACCCAAUAAAAAUUUAUAAUGAAAUUGUUUCCAGAUGAUUUGUGAUAUAUUAUAAUAACUAUGAAUUAUGUGCUGCAAUAUUAAAUUAUUUUCAACUGCUUUUAUUUCAUGUGUCUAUCGUAAAUGCAGAUUUUUUAUGAAGAAUUUAGGAUUAUUUAAUGAUAUUUAAUACUAAUUUUGCUUUUAAAUAUUGUAACUUGGAACUUAAUAGUGUUAUGUGUUCUAAUUUGCAGUGAACAUUAUUUGGCAUCAAAGUGCACACAACUAAACAGUUAGUAAACGAUUGUAAAAGAGAAUGUAAAAGUUUAUACUUAACCUGUAGCAUUAAAAAUGGCAAAGACAAUAUAACGGUAGAAUAAAGUUUACACAGAUAUUCAGUUAAA